GUCGCCAAUGUGCUCAAACGGAGGUAGACAUGCUCAAGGAAAGGCGUGCCAAGGCUGAGGCACAACGUAUGGAAGCGGAGGCGGAAUUGGCGAGGUUACGAGAGCAGAUGGGGAAGUUCUCCACUGAUGGCGCUGGUGUGGGAACUCCCCAAGUUGUUCGCACGAACCUCAAAGAAAAGAUGGAUGACGCUGCGAAAACGGGUUUUCGUACGGGGAGGCGUGGACGUGUGAAGAUGACUGCAGGGAGAUUGCUGAGGGAUGACAGUGCCAGAAAGGCUAAUGACAGAUAUGUUUUCGUGGAGGAUGAGAGGAAGCGGCUCAAGGCGCUUAAGAAGGGAGGACUGGAGCCUCUCUGCAAGGAAGCUGGGAUCAAAUGUAAGACGGUGGAAAUUAUGGUCGAUGAAUUGGCCGAACUUAAUGCAGAGAAGCGUUUUGGGGGGAGUUGUAGCUCUGAUGACAGAACGGAUCCGGAUCAGGAUCAUGAUUUCUGGGCGAUUCGGGGAUGUAAGGGAGUUUUGGUCAAACAGAGGGCAAAAGGGGCUAAAUUGAGAUUUGGGGGCGCGCAACUCGGAUGGAAGUCGAUUUCAUUGGGUGUUCUCGUUGAUUUUGUCAGAUUCGACCUUGAUUGUACCUUCUUCAAAGCCUGUGGGCAAAUGCUGCAGCAGAAAGUCGGGAUUCCGAUGGGUAAGUCGUCCAGUCCGGCACUGGCAUGCUUCAUGUGUACCUAUAACGAGUUCCGGUUCCUCUUGUCUCUUGGAUGUAACAGCAAGCUAGGUUGUGGCAUACGAAUGGUCGAUGAUGUUUCUGUCUUUGUGCGGUACAAGGAUGGUGACCCAGAGUCUUUGGCAGUAGCUCAGUCCAUUUUGAGCAGGUUUCGUUAUUGUUACGACUCAAAUCUCGUGUUGGAACUUACAAGUGACAGCGAUUGCUGGGAUUUCGUGGGGUGUGUGGUGAAAGUCCUUGAUUGGCCGUGGGGUAUCCAGUGUAUCGCUUUACAUAAGAAUCAAAGGUUUUUUGGUGAGGAUAAGUUGCGUUUCCAGAAUCUGCAGGAUUUCAACUCUUUUUCUUGCAAGGAACAGAAAAUGGCGGUGAUUGGAUCCUGCCUGCACAGGGCAAAGGCUUACACCACGAUGGCAGGUAUGGAGGUGGCUUUUCUCCUUACACUCAAAAUUGAGCUCAGGAAAAGGAGCUUUCCGGAUGCCUACUUUGAUAAUACCUUGCAGAAUUUUUCAAGGAAAUUCAGGGGCAUUUGGGAUGAAUGGGUCACUUGCCUGACAGGGUGGGGAGAUCUUUUUCUGAAGUAGCUGGACUAAGUUCCUAGUACCAGUAGAAAAGACCGGGUGACUCAUGGGGAAGAGGAGGGUUACCUGUUUGAUUUUAGUCG